GGAAAAACCAUGUUUCCCUUUCCGGUGGACUUUGACCGUUCACCGCCUGCAGUCUUUCUCCAACAGAUCCACAGAACUCCAGGAUGUUUCGUGUGAAGGACAGUCAGUCUGGUACAACCACCUCUCUGGUUUUCCACACUGUUACUGUCCUCGCCCUGAUACACCCAUGUAGAGGUCAGUCUGAGGUUGUUGGUGAACCUCAGCCAAUCAUAGCACUAGUUGGUGAUGACAUCAUUUUGCCCUGUCGCCUGCACCCUGCCAUGGAUGCAUCUGACAUGACUGUAGAGUGGGCGAGAUCCGACCUGGACCCCAGGUUUGUUCUUGUGUGGCGUGAUGGUGUGGAACUGGAGGCUAAAAAACAUCCGUCCUACCAGAGAAGAACGUCACUGUUUCCUGACCAACUGAAACACGGAAACAUUUCACUGAAACUUUCCAACGUGAAACUGUCUGACCAGGGAAGGUACAGAUGCUUCGUUCCAGCAUUGAGUAAAGAGUUCUCUGUUCAGCUCUUUGUAGGUGCUGCCUCCUCGCCUGUUGUUACCAUAGCAGGGAUUAAUAAAACCAUCAGUGCAGUGGUGUUAGAGUGUAAAUCUAAAGGAUGGUAUCCAGAGCCUGAGGUGUUGUGGCUGGACGGUGAGGGAAACCUCCUCUCUGCUGGACCUACAGAGACAGUCAGAGGUCCUGAUGACCUCUAUACUGUCAGCAGCAGAGUGACUGUGGAGAAGAGACACAGCAACAGCUUCACCUGUAGAGUCCAACAGAACAAAACCAACCAGACCAGAGAGACACACAUACAUGUUCCAGAUGAUUUCUUCCCGUCUAGUUCCAGUUCAUCUGUUCCCGCCAUUGUUGGUGUGGUUGUCAGCCUCCUGUUGGUUCUCACAUUAGUCUUCAUUGUGUGGAAAUGGAGACAGAACAAACUGAAGAACAAGAGCAAAUGUGAUGUUGAACAAACACAGGAAGUAAAAGAGAAGAGGAGCAACUCUGACAGUAAUGAUCCAUUGAUGGAGCCUCUGAUGAGAAACAGAGAAACAGAGAGAGAGACAGUGGAGAAUGAGGAGAUGAAGAUCCAUCCCUCAAGAGAAACAACAAAUAUUCACACUCAGAUAAAAGAGGAAACACACCAAAGACCAACUGACAGUGAUCUUCAGUCUGCAGUGGAGGGAGGACGUCCCCAACAACGAGGACAGACAGAAAGAGAAACCACAAAUGGUCAAGAAGAAACUGAGACUCUAUCAGCAGAGGGAAGAGGAGAUGAUCCAAAUCCAACAGAGAGUGAUUUGGAGAAGGGAGAUAAAACUACAUCUGUGGGUGAAAACACCAAUGUGAAUGACAAGACAACGAUCCAUCCAUCAGCUCAAACAACAAAUCCAGACACUCAUAUAGAGGAGAAAACACACCAAACACCAGCUGACAGUGAUCUUCAGGGAGAAAGUCCCCAAGAACAAGGACAGACAGAAAGAGAAACAACAACUAGUUUGGACAAAGGAAGAAGAAAAAGAAGAAGAGAAGAAACUGAGUCUGAACCAGGAGAGAAACAAAGAGAUGAUCCAAAUCCACCAGAGAGAAAUGAUGAUGACAAAGCUACAGGCAAAAGAAAGAAAGUAGAGGAAAUAUGAUGAAAGAGUUUCUAGAAAAAUGAAACAGAAGAAGGAACAGGAGACUCUGAUAAAAGAACUGAAACAGCAGCUGGAGGAGGUGGAGAGACAGAGAGAGGAGACUGAGAAGAAGCUUCAGUCAGAGAACAGAGAGGAAGACAUGAAACAUCUGGAGAAGAAGAAGACAGAGCUUCAGAAACAGCUGGAGAAGAUGGAGAGAGGACGGGAAAGAACAAAGAAUGAGGUGAUUCACAUGACAGAGCAGAAAAUUAAAGUGACAAAUGAAAAGGAGGAAGUUAUGAAGAAAAUAAAACAGAUGGAGAAACAGAGGAAUGAAAACAUGCAGAUAAAUGAGACUGAAGGACAAAGUGAUUCAGAUGAUGAUCUUUGAUGAAACUCAGAGGAGAUGGAGGUGAACCAGACUCUGAAGGUUCUGGUUUGAACAGUGUUCACCUUUCAUCUUGACAUGACAUGAACUAAAAAAAACAUUAUUCAGUGUCUUUUGAAUUCACUAAAUGUCACUGUCUUUUCAUGUGUUUUUAAAAAGAAAAAUCACUCAUCUGCUCAAGUAUUUUAAAGCAUUAUUUAUGCAACAUUAUGGAAAUAUUUUAUUAUCGCUGGGAUGGUUCAGAGUAACAGGGAGAACAGAGCCUCUGUUUUCCUCUCUGCUCCCUGAACACCUGUUGUUGCUCUAUGGUUUUUCAGGUUGGAUCUCCCUCUAACUGAGUGAGAGUCAGAGGCUUAAACUGCUGGAAUCAGACCAGAGAGUUCAGAGUGAAGCUGAACUGUAGGCAAAGACUAGUGUUUAUAUACGUGUGUGUGUGAAUUAAUUGAGAUUAUUCUGUUUAACUACAUUUCUAGCCACUGUAAUAUUAAUGUUUUAUCUCUGUAUUUUGUUGUGUAGGAUGUCUCUGCAUUUUAUGUGCGAUUGUUCUCCUUACUUCCUCUGCCAAUACUAUAUUAAUAUUUUUAAUAUUUUUUA